CGUCGAGUAGUAGCUCGGUGCACAACGUGGACUCGGACGACAUGUACGCAGACCUGGCCAGCCCUGUGUCCUCAGCAAGUUCGCGGUCCCCCACCCCAGCCCAGACCAAGAAGGAGAAAGGAAAGUCUAAAAAAGAAGAUGGGGUCAAAGAGGACAAGCGGAAAAGGGACUCGUCCGCACAGCUGCCCAAGUCCUCGAGGCCCUCUGCCGGCGCUAAACCGCAGCAGCCCACGGCCCCCCAGCAGGCGCCCCCCGGGCAGCCCCAGCAGGGCACGUUCGUCGCCCAUAAGGAGAUCAAGCUGACGCUGUUGAACAAGGCGGCCGACAAAGGGAGCAGGAAGCGCUAUGAACCGUUGGACAAAGACAGGCAAAGUCCUCCUCCAGCCAAGCGGGCUAACUUAUCCCCAGACCGAGGUUCUCGGGACCGGAAGUCCGGUGGGAGACUUGGCUCCCCAAAGCCAGAGCGGCAGAGAGGCCAGAAUUCUAAGGUGCCCGUGGCCCCACCAGACAGGAAGCGCCAGCUGUCACCCCAGUCCAAGAGCUCCAGUAAGGUCACAAGCGUCCCCGGCAAAGCCUCUGAUACCGGCCCCGCCAGCUCCGCGUCCGCCGGCAUGAAGUCCGGGAAGGCCAGCACGCUGUCGCGGCGCGAGGAGCUGCUGAAGCAGCUCAAGGCCGUGGAGGAUGCGAUCGCGCGGAAACGCGCCAAGAUCCCCGGGAAGGGGGAUAUUCCUGUUGCAUCAUCUUUUGUGGGAGGUGAUGGGUUUUGA